UAGUCAUACACGGUCAUACACGGUGACACCCCUGUCGCCCCUGUCUACCGAUCUCGAAUCCCGAAGUCAAAGUGAUCCGUGGCGGUGGUGUUUUGUUACUGAUAAUUUGAUUUGAUUUGGUUUUGUAAGCUGUAUAGGAAACGGAAUUUAUUCGUAAAGGUAUAUGUUAGUGUUUUACUGUGGUUGAUAUUAUGUGACUUGGGACGACAGAAACUCACUUAAGCUGUCAGAUAACUGGAGCAAGUAAAAUCCCUAUUCAGACCGUAUUUUACAACUGGAGAACACAUGCAGGGCUAGUCUGUAUUCUGUGGAGAUGGGGAAGAUGUGUUCCCCAUGCCAGGAACCAAACAACAGUUGCUUGGUCAUCCAGCCCAUGGCCUGCUCACUAUGCCAUCUGAGCUAUCCCAGCUCUCAUGAAAGUAGCUCACAGAAAAAAAGAAGAAAUUGUGAUGCCUAACAUAGAAAACAAAAAUAGUAAUAUCCUGAAAUACUGACAGUUGUGGAAUGUUGUUUAGUUUAAAUUAAGAUAUUAUUUAUGUUCUACGCAAGAACAGUUUGUCCAGUACUUUCUUGAUGGAGGACCUCGGCUACAUAAUCCAGAUUUACUCCACGCAUAAUCGCUAUCUUUGACUUGUCCCAUCAUGUAUAAUGAUUCAUGGAUGAAAUAAAAUUGAAUUGAAUUGAAUAUCAUUUACAAACAGAAACAAUGGGCAUGGUGUAUUUGGAAAUAGGUGUCAUCCUUCAUAAUUUUGAUAAAUAUGGAGUUGAAUGCUAAAUCUGGUGGUACCUAUGAAUGAAAAAUUUAGUUCUUAAAAUGGGAAACUCUGCUGCUUUGAUACUGGGUAUAUCAACAUUUUGUUUUUAUGUGUGUAUAUAUGCACAGAAUGAAACACAGUCUCAGGAAAUAAAUUCAACUGAAGCAAAUAUAGUUUGUACUAAUAACGUGACUGACGAUAUGAAUUAUGUGUGUGACCUGGACAAAGCAAAUGUGACACCAUCUUCAGCUGCAAUAACAGAAACAGAAGACUUCAAUGGCACAACUGAAAUUGUGGGUCUGGAAAGCACACUUUCUACUGAAGUAGUCAGUAUAGCAAAUGAAACAGAGUCUGGCUUACCAGUGACAAUAUCCACAGUCAAAUCAGAGAUUCAGACAACGAAGCAUUCGGAGACUACAACAGAAACAGUUCCUGCAACAACUGAAAUGGUAUUGGAAGCACAACCAGUCUCAAAUGAAAUCUGCGCAUGUGAUCUAAGUAUGAACUCUUGUGAUAUCAACUGUUGCUGUGAUGGUGAUUGCUCAGACAAUGAUAGACUUGCAUUCUCAGCCUGUCACACCAGAACAUCAUUUAAUUUUGAUUCUCGUCAUUGCUACCAGACUCAUUUUGUGUAUCAUAAUAAUACAGAGUUGAAGCUCGUCCGAAAUGAAGAUGGCUUAUUCUGCAUAGUGAGGGAUAACCUGCCUGAAAGGUUUACAUACCAGAACAGAAAGGUAGUAACAACAUUACUUGAAUUUAACAAACUGCACAGAAAUCACAAAACUUUUUCUUGGCCAGCCCAGGAAGUUUAUCGUCCUUUGUUUGAUUCGUCUGCACCAUUCAGGCAAGGAUCAGUCAUAUGGGCUGUUGUGAAUAGGACUCUAGUUCCAUUCAGUCUGCCGAUGAAAGUAACGCAUGCCUUGUGUCAAGCUUCAAGAGCAAUGUACUAUUUAAAUGAUUGGUCUGGAACAUGUCAAGUUCCUGCAAGUGAUGUUGAGAGGUGCGAAAGUCAUCGAGAGCUCAGUGCUAACACUUUCUACAAAGGAUUCACUGUCCUAGUUUCACCACAGUUCAUAAAUGAGACAUAUGAUAAUCGUUUGAAAGAGGACUGUCCAGCUGAUGUCUGCAUUCCUGUAACAGUACACUUAUGUUCAGAGUUAAAGAGUAAAAUCUCAUUAUUUGAGCAGUGCACUGAAGUGUCAGAUUUACAGUCUGCUGUUUAUAAUUCUGCGUUGCAACAUUGUCAGAAUGUGGUCAAAGAGGUGAGAUAUAUGAUAUACCAUAACGGGACUGUAGGAAUUACAAAAGUGUAUGCUUACGUAUGGCUUACAAACAUGACGUUGAACACAAGAUUAUCACAGAAGUUCAGCAUCACUUUCCAUUGGGCCAAAGACACUGAAACAUUCCAUCGCAGUGGUAAUCCUGGUUACAUUGUUGGCAAACCAGUCAUGAGUGGAAAAAAGGUAACGCAGAUUUUUGGCACCGAAGGAGAGAUUGAUAAAGAAGCCAUUGAAAUUGAUGAAAAUCCAGAGAAGUGGCUCUCAAUUGCAGGAGCAAAAAACGAUGGUAGAUGUGACUUAGAAGGGAAUGAGGGUAACUCAUUGAGGUACUCUGUGACGUUUGGGGAGAACAGACGAUCUUCUUGCAUGAUAUUUGUAAGUCCAUCAAACUUUACGUCACCCUCUGCAUGUGCAGCAUUGCAUAAAGCCGUGAUUCAGUUAUUAUCUGGUAAUAUGGUGGCAAAUGUUACAUCAGCUAAGGAGUUCAAUUUUUAUAUAGCGACUUUCGGAGAUGCAAAAGUUGAGGAUACUGGUGACUGGACACAAGUGAUAUUAGAAAGUGUCCCAUCGUUUUUAACAAGUUCAAGUCGAAGUGAUGAUUGGACACUAACUUGUAAAGGUAUUGUGACAAGUAUCCACAUUGAUAUAAUGUUUGCCAAUGUGGGGUCUUUAGCAGUUCCUCAAGCAAAAAUCUUAGGUUCUGUUUUCAGAUUUGGACCACCUCAUGAUAUAAUGUUCACAUGUUCUUCUUUGCACUGUGCUCAUGAAACUGAUGAACAGCACUUUGAAGUAGUAAGCUCCGUAUCAUUUGUCGAUGUUACCAAACCUGCAAUUGUAGAGUUUGCAGAACCACCGGUUUAUGAAGUGAAAUUACCCCAUGACUUUUUCUAUCCAUUUUUCAGUAAUUCACCUCUUUUAAGACCAAGUAAUGCACUUGUACUGGUUUCACUUUUCUUCUUCCCAAGUGUCCAAAGCAGACUACACUGAAUAUGGCUCUUCUUUUGGACAUCAUCCAUCAUCUUGAAAUUUUUCAAAUGCAGUUUCUCAGAACCACAUCUCACUGCAUCAUCAUUUAUAAUCGGAGAAAUGUUCCUGCAUGCUUGGAGCCAUUACAGAUAGCUAGUCUCAAUCAUUGGACUAGUAACCUUUACUGGUGACAGAAACAGAGUCAGUUUCUGAAGACUUGUAUGUUAAAAAACUCAAAGACAGUGGACAGUAUCCAAAAUAAUAAUCCUGUUUAAUGUAACAUACCAUCAUGGGAAACAUUUAGACUGGAAUUAGAAUAUGCCAGUUGACAUAAGAGUUAGUAAUUUAACUAUUCCUCAUAUCCUGCCAGAUGUCCAGUUAUGCAGUAGACUUGAUUAUCUGCUGGCUUACUGAGAUAUGAUCAUGAAUAAUAUUUUCAAAAACGUUAGAGAAGUAAUUUAAAAUUGUAAAAGCUGAUAGCUAGUCACAACAGUGUUGAUGCCCUUCAUAGAUACAGGACAACAGCCACUUCUUUCUGCAUAGAGGGAAGGUCUCUUCUAUUAAAGGGAAAUGUAUGUGUGUUUUGGAGCAGGACAAGGAUCUCAGAGCUGCCAUUGGUAAUAUAACUGGGGAUUACCUAUGAUGUCAGAUUGCCCAAGUAAUGUCAACUGACAGAAUGGUUAUACAGUCAAAAGGGAGCCUCAGGAAUGAUAGGGAUAUUAACAGAAGAGGAGUCAUUAAAAGAAGACUGAAAGGCUUCUGUAAUAAGUUGCAGCUCCAUGAUGAUGACUGAUAAUAAUUUGAAAGGCAUUUUGAUUUAUACAGGAUAUUUGUUAUUGAUGUUAUAAGGAAAUUGUCAUUUCACACUGAAGCAUAUAUAGGCCUAGUAUUGUGAAAUAUUCUUGUAUAUAAUGCAAAUUGUAACAGUUUUAUAUACAGCAAUACCUCGCAUAGUCUGGGUAAUCGGUUCUGCCAAUAUCCCAGACUGUUUGAAACCGGACUAAUCGAGGAACUAAAUACAUACAAAAAAUAAUUAUUUUUUGUAUUGGUUAAAAAAAUCCAUUUUUUAAA